AUGGACAUCACGUUGGGUGAUAGACUGAACGUACUGCAACAGAUAAGUCAACGAAAACUGGUUGAGAUACUGAAAAAGAUUCCUGGGACCAAAGAUCUAGUGAUAGAACAAAAGCUUAUGAAAAUCUUGGACAGUUUUGUAGGGGUUUCUGUACUUAAACAUUACGGUGUUGAAAAAAUUUACAAAAUGGAACAAGGCUUGAAACUUUCAAAUUCUCAGCACAUAUUCUUGGUUUCGACCGAUCUGAUCACUUGCAAGAGGGUACUAGAUCAAAUACAAUCAGAGAUUCCUCCAAAUAGUAAACCGCAUGUACAGCCGUAUCACCACAUUUUAGUUGCUCCAUUUGUACCUGCUAUUCUUAAUUUGAUAAUUGAAGAAGAAGGACUAUCCGGACUGGUUACAUUACAAACAUUGUCCUGGGAAUUCAUAAGAUUAGACGGAAACAUCUUGUCUCUAGAGAACUCUAUGUUCAUUGAUUUUUACUAUCACAAAGAUACUACACUAUUACCGGCGUUAGGACGUGGCCUAUGGUCAUUGCAACUUAUACUUGGUUCACCUAAACUGACGGUUACCCUUGGAAAGUACAGUCAGCAAAUACUUAAAAUCAUGGAUUCCAUGAGGCAGUGCUUGGGUUCCUCUAACAUAGAAAAUGAAAUAGGAGCUUUAAUUAUAAUGGACAGGAAUUAUGACUUGGUUACACCACUUUUAACGCCUGUAACUUAUGCCGGAUUAUUGCACGAAGUGGUAGAAAUAAAUGUUGGCACAGGUAUUUUGGGUAAAUCUCAAGUUAAAUUAGAUCCAGACAAAGAUAAAAUUUAUGAAGAAUUAUCUGAAAUGGAAACGUAUGUAACGACACAGUUACAAAAAACUAGGGAUCUAACACAACAACUUGCUUUUCAUAUUUCUGCUUGCCAGUUGAUAGCAGACACAUUGAGUUCUGAUUUUCAAACUUUGCAAGAAAUAGAGAAGUGUAUGCUUGAGUGCAGAGAAAGGAAAGAGUGUUUGAAUUAUAUCGAGAGAUAUAUUGACGAUCAUCCACUGAGAACUUUGCGUCUAUUAUGCCUAUUGUCAAUCACAAGCGAUGGGGUUACGCAAAGUGAAUUAGAGUCUAUACAGAAGCUUCAUCUUCACGCUCACGGGUACAAGCACAUACCGUUGUUUUAUAAAUUGCAAAGUAUAGGUUUACUGAAAUACAGGUCAGAAAAUAUUCUACACAAAUUAUCGAAUUGGAACAGUGAAUGGAACAAUAAUGCACAAAAGUUGAAGCUAUUACCCAGUUACUUCAAACAAGCAAAACAAAAAAGUCAUUCAUGCCCGAGUUAUGUAUUCAAUAACGUUUACGUGCCACUAAUCGCUCAAAUAUUAAACACCGUUGUGAAUCAAGAAAAGGAUUCCAAGAUUCUUGAUGAAUUGACAAAUUCACCAAACUGUGUCAUAAGUGGCCAACGUGGUUCAUUAUCACCAAAAAUGGUAGUGAUAUGUAUCAUUGGCGGUAUUACUUACGCUGAAAUCACCGCUUGCAGAUUUAUAGAAAAAUCGACUGGAAUUCAGCUUGUACUAACAUCGGAUAGUAUAAUAACAGGUAAUAAAGUACUGGAGAAGGUGCAAGAUAUAUGA